GGUAAGAAACAGAACUCUAUAGUUUCUAUGUAAAAGAACCAUGCUCAUUUUUGGUCGAGCGGCUAGCAGGCUGACCGUACGAAGGACGAACAGACAAACGGACAGACAAGUUGACCGACCGGUUUUCAGUUUUGUGAAUAUCUAUUGGAUGCUGCUAGAUGAGCUCAGCGCGUUGCGUCGAACCGCUAUCUACUAAUUUGCGAAUAAAUCGCAUUUCGUAUAAAUCAAACGCCUUCCUUCUACAGUAAACUGAACACGCACAAUUAUGAAAUACGUUAAUGGAAUACUAAGUUACUUAGUGAUUGCAUACGUUGCAACUCUUAUGAUAGAACAAACUAUAUCAGAGGGAACGAAUUCCCUGUCUGUGAACGAGACUGAAAUUAAUAAUCCCGAUGAAGACGAUGACUUUGUACCUUAUCAAGGGGAACGUUUCAGCACAUUUGACUGGUUAUUGUUCAAAGCCGUAAGCAAAAAAUAUUCUGGCAACGUAUUGCUCUCACCAAUCUCCUUAAAAAUCGCGUUGAUACUGCUAUAUGAAGGAGCUCAGGAUGAAACUGCACAUGAACUUGCUGGAGCAAUGCAAUUACCUGCUACUCGAACGGCUACACGAGACAGAUUUUCCAGUAUUUUACGAUCAUUUCAAGACAAUUCGCCAGCGUAUACUUUGAACAUCGGUACACGAAUUUAUAUAGACUCCAACAUCUUGGUCAGACAACGAUACGAAGCCAUCAUAAAAACAUUUUACAGCACCGAUGUGAUUACCGCGAAUUUAUCUAACACACAGUUACUUGUUCAAGAUAUUAAUAAUUGGGUCAGCAAUAUUACCGAUGGUAAUAUCGAUCAAAUGAUAGAAGAUGAUACCAAUGUCAAGGAUUCCUUGAUGUUAAUCAUGAACACCCUUUUCUUCAAAGGAUUAUGGCGCCGCAAAUAUUUUUCUCCCAAAGAUACUCAGAUUGGGAAAUUUUAUACAAUUGAUAAUCAAACUAUAGACGUACCUUUUAUGCAUGUAUUUGGUCGAUUUUAUUACUCCGAAUCCUCAGAAUUAAAUGCCAAAAUUCUACGAAUUCCGUAUGACGGACACAAGUUCGCAUUGUACUUGCUGUUACCACGUACAUUGAACGGAGUCGAACAUGUUAUCAACAAAGUUAAUCCUUUCAUGUUAAUACGACAUAUAUGGGUGAUGCAAGAUUUACCCAUUGAUGUCUCCAUCCCUAAGUUUAAAUUUGAAUUUUCCAGCCAUUUGGAACCCAUUUUGCGUGAGCUUGGUAUUCGCGACAUAUUUGAUGACACCGCAACAUUAACAGGUAUAGCUCGAUCUAAACGAACUUCGAAACACCUUAAAGUUUCCGAUGUUUUGCAAAAAGCUGGAAUCGAAGUGAACGAAAAUGGUACUACAGCUUAUGUGGCCACUGAAAUCGACAUUGGGAAUAAAAUCGGAGAUGAAACGUUUCAUGCUAAUCGUCCGUUCUUAUUUUACAUCGAAGAUGAAUCCACAGGAACGAUUACCUAUAUUGGCAAGAUGAUGAAUCCUCUUGAUACAACUGAUAGUAAUGUUAAUAUUAACUUAAGUCAACAUUUAUCGUCUAACGUUAAUCAAGGAGUACCAGAAGCAGAUACGAUCUUCCAAGCAGGCUUGAAUGCUGAAAAUCGAAACAAUCUUUUCAACGUAUACUUUUCACAAACUUUGAGUAAAGAAUAUAAAAUUGGAAAUCUAAUAUCGUCGCCUGCGAGUGUUACGAUAAUUUUAAAUAUGUUAAUGGAAGGAACGAAUGGCGAUGCGAAAUCGGAAAUCGCUUCAGUAUUAAGAUUACCGGAAAAUGAGUCCCGAAGAAAGGAGCUUAUACAACGUAUUUUCACAUCUUUAAAAAGAAAUGAAAACGGUACAGAAGUUGAUUUAGCAACACGAUUAUGGGUACACGAAAAUUUACAUGUGCUAGACAAUUAUAAAAAUAUUCUACGAUCACUUUAUCAAGGAGACAUAGAAAGUGUAAAUUUUGUAGAAUCGCAAAGUACAGCGCAUCAUAUCAACAAAUGGCUUCAUCGGGUAACACGCAAUGUAAUCUCCCCGACUUCAUUGCUAAAUGACUUUCCACCUGAUACACGUCUCAUUUUGACUUCGGUUAUUUAUUUCAAAGGACACUGGUUGAAAUCAUUUGAUAAAGCGAAUACGAAACUACAGUGUUUUUAUAUUCCCAGUGGGAAAUGUCGAAAUAUGCAUUUCAUGAAACAUGAAUCAAUUUAUCGAUAUGCUUAUAUAUCGUCUAUUGAUGCCCAUGUUUUAGAAAUACCAUAUUCGGAUGGUAAAACGUCAAUGUUAACAUUCAUGCCAAGAUCCAAAGAAAAAGAUCCAUACCUUCGAAUAUUAUCCGAAGACUUAAUUACCGUUCCAGUAUCUGCAAUUUUAGCAAGUUUAGAAGAACGAGAUGUUACUAUUCAUCUUCCGAAAUUUAAUAUUGAGAAAAAACUUAAUUUAGUACCCAUACUACAACAUUUAGGUAUCGAGAAUAUAUUUGAACUUAAUACAAAUUUGACUAAAAUGAUAUCUAAUGGUUCAGUACAUAUAACUAAUAUCAUCCAAAAUGUAAAAAUAGAAAUAGAUGAGGAAGGAACAUUAGCUGCAGCAGACACAGAAAUUGGAUAUACACCCCUUGUAUCACAGAAUAACAAUAUGAAAAUGGAUAGACCAUUUCUUUUUAUGAUCAUUGAUUCCAUUUUAAACAUGACUUUAUAUUUUGGUCGCUUCAUUGAACCAACUACUUAAAAAUUGGUUAUGUCAGAUCGCAAAAUUGAAACUAUAUCUUUCAUUUUUAUACACAGUAAUAACAGUAAACUUAUUGU